CACAACCCAUGAUGGGAAUGCUGAAACCCAUCUUCCUAGCCCUUCUUUUCUUGAAUUCCAGAUCAAGAAUCUGCCAUGGGGCAUCUGAAAUCGGCCCCAACCCGGCGAAAGCCGGCAACUUUGAUGAAAUGGCCAAAAGGGUUUGCUCUAAAACGAGGGGCGAGUGCCCCGCUGUGGCUGCCGAAGAAGAAGAAGAAGAAGAAGAGAUGGAUUCUUUGAGCAGUAGGAGGGUUUUGCUGAUGCAUAAGAAGUACAUUAGCUAUGAGACUCUGAGAAGAGAUAUGGUCCCUUGUGAUACUCCUGGGGCCUCAUAUUACCUCUGCAAGGUCCCUGCCAAACCCAACUCUUACCACAGAGGCUGUGAGAUCAUUACAAGAUGUGCCAGACAGAUCAAUGGCAUCAAUUCUUGAGCUGGUUGAACAUAUCUGGCUCUGGUACACAUGAAAUUUGGCUCCUUAGUGUUUCUUGGGCUGUGGAAGAAUGCCAAAAGUGCCAAGCCCCCAUUGUCUAUAUUUCAUUCAAUGCAUAUAUUGAUGUGACUCUAGAUGAAGCAACAACACCAACAACAAACCCAGUAAAAUCUUGCAAAAGUAGGAUCUCGGGAGGAUAUGCGUACGCAGACCUUGCCUCUACUCGGGAGCGGGAGGCUGUUUCCGAACACAAGGAGUAUGUCGGAUUGAUAUUUAGAAACUACAAGGAGAAGCUCAUUAUAAAGCAGCAGGCAGCAUCCGGAUCGGGUUCCAAUUCUGUGAAUUUUGAUGACAUUGAUGUGGAAGAAGUGGAAGAUGACCUUGUCUUGUACGCGGAGGUGGCGGGGAACAAAAAAUUAGGGUCUUUGGGAGGGGUUGUGAAGCUGGUGCUUCUUGUGCAUUGUCUCCGGGCGGGACUAGCCACAAAGACUAUGUUGCCCAAGUAUGAGCAAUGACAGGGGUACACCAAAGGCGAAAUUAAUGAAGGAGCAGUAGGAUU